AUGGAUGUAAUGAGGCCCUUAAUAAAUGAGCAGAAUUUUGAUGGGACAUCAGAUGAAGAGCAGGAACAAGAGCUCCUUCCUGUUCAGAAGCACUACCAGCUUGAUGACCAGGAGGGUAUUUCAUUUGUGCAAACUCUUAUGCAUCUGCUUAAAGGAAAUAUUGGAACGGGCCUGUUAGGGCUUCCACUGGCAAUAAAAAAUGCAGGCGUAGUGCUUGGACCAAUCAGCCUUGUAUUUAUAGGAAUUAUUUCGGUUCACUGCAUGCACAUUUUGGUACGCUGCAGUCACUUUCUGUGUCAGAGGUUCAAAAAGUCAACAUUAGGUUAUAGUGACACUGUGAGUUUUGCUAUGGAAGUAAGUCCUUGGAGCUGUCUUCAGAAGCAAGCAGCAUGGGGACGGAGUGUGGUUGACUUUUUUCUGGUGAUAACACAGCUGGGAUUCUGUAGUGUUUAUAUUGUCUUCUUAGCUGAAAAUGUAAAGCAAGUUCAUGAAGGAUUCCUGGAGAGUAAAGUAUUUCUUUUGAACAGUACCAAUUCUUCAAACCCUUGCGAGAGAAGAAGUAUUGACCUAAGGAUAUAUAUGCUUUGCUUUCUACCAUUCAUAAUUCUUUUGGUCUUCAUUCGUGAGCUAAAGAAUCUGUUUGUGCUUUCAUUCCUUGCCAACAUUUCCAUGGCUGUCAGCCUUGUGAUAAUUUAUCAGUAUGUUGUUAGGAAUAUGCCAAGUCCCCACAACCUUCCAAUAGUGGCUGGUUGGAAAAAAUACCCACUCUUUUUUGGUACUGCUGUGUUUGCUUUUGAAGGCAUAGGAGUGGUCCUUCCACUGGAAAAUCAAAUGAAAGAAUCAAAACGCUUCCCCCAAGCUUUGAAUAUUGGCAUGGGAAUCGUUACAACCUUGUAUGUAACAUUAGCUACCUUGGGAUAUAUGUGUUUCCGUGAUGAAAUCAAAGGCAGCAUAACUUUGAAUCUUCCCCAGGAUGUAUGGUUGUAUCAGUCAGUGAAAAUUCUAUAUUCCUUUGGCAUCUUUGUGACAUAUUCAAUUCAGUUCUACGUUCCGGCAGAGAUCAUUAUCCCUAUGAUCACAUCCAAAUUUCAUGCUAAAUGGAAACAAAUCUGUGAAUUUGCCAUAAGGUCCUUCUUGGUUGCUAUUACGUGUGCUGGAGCGAUUCUGAUUCCUCGUUUGGACAUUGUGAUUUCCUUUGUUGGAGCUGUGAGCAGCAGCACGUUGGCCCUGAUCCUACCACCUCUGGUUGAAAUUCUUACAUUUUCUAAGGAACACUAUAAUAUAUGGAUGAUCCUGAAAAAUAUUUCCAUAGCGUUCACUGGAGUUGUUGGUUUCUUCUUAGGUACAUAUGUAACUGUUGAAGAAAUCAUUUAUCCUACUCCUAAAGUUACAGCGGGCGCUCCACAAAAUCCUUCUCUAACUUUGAAUUCAACAUGCUUUACAUCUGGUUUGAAAUAGUGGAAACGGAACUGUGAAUCUUCUCCUUUUCUCUUGACUCUGGAAAUGAUACCAAUAAGAACUAGUAGAAUACAUUGCAGUGAGCUUAUAAAUAGAUCCAAAUUUUCUUUUCUUUUGGUACAAUAAUGGCAUUUUAGUAGUAAACUAUAGUUCUUUACUGAUAGUGGUAAAUCAUGACAGAUUAUUGGUUUUAAGUAUUUGCAAUAAUUUCAAAAUAUUUAGUUUUGAAAAUUUUUAAAAUUAAAAUGUAGAAAAAUUCAAGAAUAAAAAGACUUCCACUAUUCUUCAUUCAAUCAGAAAUACUCUAACCAAGAUUCUCUUUUUGACCCAUGCUCCUCUUUCCCCACCCAGUUGAGGAGGGAACAGGAUUCUAACAAUAAGAGAAUCAAAGAAGGACCUACUUAACAAAGUCUUCUCACUAUCUCGGUGAAUAUCAAAGUGUACUUUGUGUAUAAUGUAAAAAUGUCUUAAUCACGUUUUUACUAGAGAGCCAAAUACUUGAUGAUUUGUCCCUGGAAGGAUGGAAAACUCAUUAACCCUGAUGUAAGCAUCAGAAGUCCCUACAACCGGAAUUAUGCUGCAUGAUUCUCUGAUGGUCGUUGAUCUGCACGACGAAAACUCUGAGGCACUGUGUGAGGUCUCGACUCUGUGUCUCAGUCAGAUGUGAAAGAGACUUUAAGGGCUAUCCAGCAUAAUUCCCUUAUUUCCUAUCUAAGGAAAUUAAUGCCUAGAAAGGUUCAGGUAACUUGGUCAAGACCACUCAGCUUUGAGGUCAAGCAAGAGAACGUGAUCUUUUGAUCCCCAAUCUAGGAUUUUUUGUUUUUUGCAUCACAUCCGGGAAAAAGAAUAAAUGAGGUCCAGUUUAGCCAUUAGUGUUGCAUCUAUUUAGUUAUAUUUUACUACUCGGAAAACCAGGGAUCUCUGUACUCUGUGUGACCUGACCAUAAGGAUCAGAGAACUCUAGAAAGCCUGUGUUACAGCCAUAUAAAUCCCAACAAGAGAAGGAAGUUUUUGUUUUGUUUGUUUGUUUUGUUUUUUAAAGAGAAACCACAUGCUGGUUUAACUGCUGGCUGGUAGAAGGUACCCAGUACUCUCUGGCUCGGACUCUCCGUAUUAGUUCCUCCCUCUUUGGGUUUUGUAUACACCGUCUUUCUCAAUAGCAGAACAUAGGUAUCUGACAAAAUACAGGAUUUGUGUAUUCCUUCCAGCCCUGUGGCCUUUUACUGAUCUGAAUGGGCAGAAUAAAAAAAAAGACUAUAAAGAAAUGUAUGCUGAGGAAAAAUCAAGGCAGUGAUAGAUUACUAAAUCUUGAGACACUCCAGGUUUCUUCCAAAGAAAUGCCUUUUAUUGCCCCAGAUUCGUCAAGCCCGGUUAUUAACCAAAACAGGCUCAGUUGACUUGAAAAAUGAAAAAAUUUUACUUUUAAAACAUGAAGAAUCUUGACUUUUUAAAAAACUCAUACUUUCAAAGAUGUUGAACUUUUUAAUCAGGCUGAUGGGACUCUUAAUUUGUAAUAUAUCAUCAAGAUCACUGUAGUGUAUGUAUUCUAUAUUUUUAUAUGUAAAUGUUAACUUAGUUUAAGUAUUUUUUGCUUUGCAUCAUUAAUGAGUCAUCAGAUACAAUUCUAACAAAAUAUCAGAAGCUUUAUUUUUGUACAAAUUCAUAAGAAUCAAACUUUUUUUAAACAUUUACAUUAGAUGUCACCAAUAAUUGUUUGUGAUACUUUUAUACCAAAUCUGUUCUAUUGAGCUUUUAGUCAUACUGAGAGAAUGUGGAAGAAGUUAUAGGAAGAGUAAUCAUCAUUGAAACUGUGAUAUAAUCGUGUUUCUAAGAAUAAAUUAGGAUUUUUUUAAAUGUGUAACCUGGUAUAAAAUGACUUGAAAACCAUUAUUUAAUAGAAAGCACUAUUGUUUUGUCAGCUGUCCUCAGAUAUUUCUAGUCUGUGCGUGAAAUUUUAUUUUUAUACUUUGACCUGUUUAUUUUCCUUAUUAAUUCAUCAAAUUCAAUAAAUUCUGAAUAGUUGAUCCUAGCAAUAAAUAAAUUCGAGAUUGAGCAUGAACGAAACAUUGAGCGCACCAUCAGCCAGGCUUCCUUAUGCCGCGGGUGCCGCAUCCACAGCCGGUACUUAGUCCCCUUACUCAUCGACACUUUAAAUACCAGGGAAAAGUGGAAAUGGUGAAAGUAGGGGCUAAAACCGGUAGAGACUAGUCUUAAUCCUUAACAAGAAGCUGUUUAGGUGUAAAGCAUAAAUGCGCCCUUACUUAAGGGUUUUUGAUGAUGUAUUUUAUUUGGGGAAAAAAAUCA